AUGGACCCGUCUACCCGGGUGGUGGGCCUGGAUGCCCAGGGGAACAUGGUCUUCACCGUGGUGAAGCCUGUGAUGGGCAUCUUUCAGAUGUCCCCUGAGCAAGGCAGCGGCGUGUCACAAGCCGGCAUGAGUCUGCAAAGUUUAUCCGAAAACACGCUGGUCCUGCCUCAGGAGCAGCCUCAGGCUCCGCUGGAGCCAACGCAGAUGGAAAUGAGCAGCAUUCAGCAGCACAUUCAGCCUCAAAUGCAGGGUUCUGCCCCGGUCCAGAGCCAGGACGUGCCACAGAACCAGGAGCUGCCGCAGAACUCUGCCGCACACCCACAGUCCACCAGCCAGAUGCCUUUUGCAGAGGUCUCGUCUCUCCUGGAUCCCAACAUGAAAGGGUCUAAAGCUCGGAAAUAUCUCAUCUCUUAUGAUGAAAUUAAGAGGCGCCUGCAGGCCCCAGAGAAGAUGUCCCUGCGCUCCCUGGCAGCGUACACUCGUGUCAGCAGAGGCCCGGCCAGCAAGAAAACUCUCCUGGAGUCCCUGAAUGUGCUCGGCCUCACGCCGAGCACAACCACCUCCGUGUCCUCCUCCUUCUCCAAACUCACUGAAGGCGAGUCGUGUGUGGGCGUGGACUGCCGUUCCAGAUGUGACACCAGAGCUCUUUGUGAGGACAUGAAGGAUUUUGCACAGGAUUACAUCGGCUACAGCAGCAUGGCCAAGCAGCUCAUCCCUGAGAUGAACACGGUCCAGCACUGGUCUAAAAUAAUCGAAACCAAAAACCACCUCGAGGAUAUGAGGAAAUGUUUCAAGGAUCCGGUUAACAGCGGCGCCUUUGACAACGUCACGCACGGCCUGGGCCUGGGAAUGUUGGACGUCGCUCUGGACAUGAUCGUCAUGGUGAUCGAACAUCAGAUCCGCAUCCUGUCCGGCGCGGCGGCGUCCGACCCGGCCGACUCGGGCCCGUCUCUGCGCCGCAUCCGCAGGCGCCACCGCAGAAUCCAGUCGGCCGACGGCGAGAAGCUUCGCAAGAUGUCCGCCGGGGCAAAGGAGAUGGGGAAGACGGUUUCAAAAGGCAAAGCCCGAGCCAGAGCCAGGAAGAAGACGAUAGCAGAAACUGGAGCCUCUGGUCAGGCCGAGACCCAAGCGGAGCAGAGCAAAUCCGAGGAUGUGGAGAAUAACGUCCUCACCCUGGUCUCUGUGGGCUACGAGGCCGUUUCUAGCGGCCUCAGUGCAGCUGGAACUGUUUGA